GCGCGGGCCAACGACCACCCGCCCGCCGACCGUACAGCCGUUCCGGGGAUUGCCCCUGCCCAUACGACCGAGACUACGCCAUCACGGGGAGGCGUUCGCUGGUGGACCCCACAAGGGCGUUCUCGACGAGCGCCAAUGGCUAGCGCCGCGUCGACGCCGGGGAAUCGCGGAAGCGAACGGCGGGGAGCGAGGAGGAGUAUAGCUCGGGGAGGUGCAGGCGGCACGUUCGUCCAGGCUGUUCGCCGCAGAUUGGCUGACGCGACUGUUAUCUCGGGGGCAGAGGCCAGGCCGGAGAGCCCUGGCAGGGCGGAGAUUAGACUAAGGGAGUCGGCAGCUGGAGGAGAGGGCGCUGCUGCUGGGAAUGGCGAGGAAGGAUCGGGUGACUCCAGAUAUACCCCUUCUUCCGAGGGGGACUCCGAGUCUGUGACUGGGGAGGACAGUGCUGCGGAAGGAGGGGGCCUGAGGCGGAGUGCGGCCCGAGCCGCCCCGAACCAGAGAAAUGCGGAAUUCGAGGAUUUUCCGAACCUGAAUCCCCAAUUCCUCUCGCCCGAGGUGCUGGCGGUCCGGGAUGACCUUUUCGCCCAAGUCGCCAACUGGAAUAUCGCUUCCCUUUGCGACAGUCGCCAACCCCCGCUUGCCCGCCACCCACCCCGCCACAUUCGGGACCAAUUCGCCAGCUGUCUGCUGACCCCGCUCCUCCGAUUGGCCAAGGACCCUGACUCGGUGCCAGCUUGGCGACUUCUGAUAUUCCUUGCUCGCCUUACCCUCCGCGUUGGCACAGCCCGCAAGCCUGAUUGGCCCUCCGUCGAGCGCAGUUUGGACUCAUUUCGCCAGGGUUCCUGGGUAGAUCUUUAUGUUGAAGCUGUUGCCGCCAUCACUCUCCCUCCUCCCCAGCGCCACAUGCCUGACAGGACUGGGAUUUCAUCCCCGUGCCUCGGGCUUAGCUAAGCGCGGGAACCUUGGCAAAGCCCUUUAGGCGCUAGAAUCCACCCCGCUUAUCCCCUUGUCCCUCGGGUCCUUGCCUCUCUUGUUACCGACCCUGCUGUUCCUGUCUCGCGCCUUGACGCGCUUGUCGCUGCAUUCGCUGAAUUUGCCUCUACCUGCCGCCUUGACUACACUACCGCUCUAGUCUCUGACCCUGCCCA